AUGAUCGAUGUAAAUAUAUUGUAAUCAAUUACUACUGGUUCUUUAGAAACCUAAAUUUACGAAGUUUACUUGAGCAAAUCUUCCUAAAGUACAAAUCAAAACAAUAAAUUUUUUUUAAACGCUCAAGAGGGUUAUUACAUUGGUAAAUCUAUUUCAAAAUCUUGCAACUUCUCCUUAAAGCUACUUGAUAAUGAAAUUAAUAUUUUAAAAGAGCUCAAUAAUGAUUAUAUCAUUAAGGCUAUUGGGUUACAUGAAACUUAAUAAAGUAAAAUGUUAGUUUUAGAAAGCUAUUAUUGUGAUUUAAGUGAUUUCAUAGCUUAAAAUUCUACUCCUCUUCCUACUUUUAGCUUAUUCGAUUUGAGAUAUAUGAUAUCUGAUAUUGCAAAAGGUUUAGAAUAUUUACACUCAAAGCAAAUAUCGCAUAAUGACAUCAAACCAUCUAACAUAUUGCUUGAUGAAAGUUGCAAUGUAGUACUUAGUGAUUUCGGUACAGCCUCAAUGUCAGAAGGCCAAUCUUCAGAGCACUUAAAUUAUAUUACUUCUAUUAUGAAUAAGACUUAUCUAGCACCUGAAAUCAAUGGCUUGGCUGAAUAAAAAAUUAUUCAUUUUAAUCCUUUUAAAUCAGAUAUUUUUUCUUUUGGAUUAACUAUCUUUUCUUUAAUGUUUGGUGGGCAAUUACCUUAUGAAUCAGAUUAAUACAGAAAUUAUGACAAAAAGUUUAAACUCUUACACAGCAAUCCUGAUCUCUUUUUUGCUAGAUAAGAAUAUGAAUAAUACAUCUAAUAUUGGAAGUAAUAAAAAGAAUUCAAAUAUUCUUUAUUCGUAGAAUUCAUUCAAAGUAUUCUUAAUCCUGAUCCUCUCAAAAGAAUGACAGCUAGUUAAGUUUUAGACCACUAAUGGCUUGAAAACUUUUGA